CGGAUCAGGCAGAAUUAUUGGCGGAGCUGUUGGCGGUGGAUAGGGCUGCGCUGUACACAGCGGCACUUGGUGUGUGGGAUCACGGCGGUGUUAAGAUCGCAGCAGUUUUGCAGCGAUGUUUGCACCCCACUUCACGUAGGACGCAGGACACACAGCUGGCUGCAUAUGUUUUUCUUCUUCUCGGGUGUACCUUGUUUCCGGAUAAGAGCGGAAACAAGCUCAGGCCACGCGACAUAGUUGACGCGUGUGAGCCCGACAGAGUAGGCCAGUUUUCUUGGGGGUCGGCUACAUUAGCGUACAUGUAUCGCCAGUUAGGAUUCUCGAGCCGGGCUGAUGCGGCAGGUAUCACUGGAUGUAUGACGUUGUUACAGACGUGGAUAUACGAGUAUUUCCCGGCGUUUCGACCACACCGCGACCCGGUUCCUAUUGGGGAUGGCCAGCCACGUGCCUGUGCGUGGAGUCCGCGUGUCGAGAAGAAGUCCAUUGACCGCCUGCGAUCGAUACGGUUAUUGCUUGACAGGAUGUCCCCAUUAGAGGUGAACUGGAUGCCUUUCGGCCAGAACCCUAGUAAUAGGGUACCCAGGACCCUCUACACGGGACUGAUUCAGUAUCGUGAGAUCGUAGAGGCGUACAUGCCGCAGCGCUGUCUUCUCCAGCUUGGAUAUGUCCAAGUUGUUCCUCCUCCACCAGCAUGGCCCAGUAAGGCCGUCCGAUCUGCGUCGUUGAAGGAGUACGUCGUCCAAUGGCCGGCAAGCAUGAUUGGCACGUGGGAGCAGUUUCCGAUGGUUGCCCGCAUAUGGAUUGAGCAGUUGCAGCGGCCGCCAACUGGGGUGGCUGCCAUGUGUGACCAGCACUACAUGGAGUGGUACAACCGGCACUCACACCCGAGGUUGAUCAGAGACGUCCACCACGGCGACGACGCCGAUGAUGAUGAUGUGCCACCGCCCACUGCCGUGGAUGCGUGGAUGGGAAAGAUGACGCAGUUGGGACACAGACUUUUUGAGGAGAGGGACAACAUGACGACUGCAACAGGCAGAGCUGUUAUUGAUGAACUGGAACGGGCCCUUGAGCAGUGGCAGUGGGCGUCACAGAGAGAUUAUUGAUAUGUCGGCAGUGCAUUUAUAAAACAUUUUCCUAGUUGUUUGUAAAAGUUAACAUUAUCUGUUCUUAUAAUUAUUAUUUUAAGUUCUUAGAAUUUGACAUUA